AAUACGAUCAUUAGAUCGAAUUUUGGCUUUAAAUACUCUUCCAAAAGAUCCUUCACCUAUUAGCCCAAGUAUUUCGUAAUUAUCCAUUAUAAAACAUGACCAUUUUCUAUUCACAGAGGAGCAUCGUAAACGUUUAUACCUGCCUCAAAUGACUGAACAAAACACGAACGUCAAAACAUAAAAAGUAGACGAUAUGAGCGCAAUAGUAAAUAAUACGAGUUAUAUUCCGCAAAGCUAUUCGAAAUUCGCAGUAUAUUGAAAAAGUCCACACAGCGACACUGUAUUUCCUCUGUGUUAACUCGUGAGAUGCGUGAAUCACCCUAGUUUCAGUUGCACUGAACAUUGUGCCUUUUAUGUAUAGGUUACAUAUGUUAAAUUGACAUUAAAAAGGGAAUAUUUUAUGUAAAACAAAUGUGCAAUAUGUUGUACAGUGUGUUAAUUAUUUGCGAAUGUGUUCUUUUCGCCAUAAGUGCCUCUCCAGUGGUUGACAGUGACAAUUAUUGCCAAAGUAAAACCCAAAAUACACAUUUGCACCUAGCUACAAAAACACCUUACAGAUUUAUUGUCAACAAAGAUGAUUCACCUCCUACAUAUGAGGGAUGCAGUCCAGAAAAAAUAUGGUUGGUGGUUCGACAUGGGACUCGCAAUCCAAGCCAUAAAGUUAUUCGCAAAAUGAGAGAGCGUUUGCCAAUAUUGCAAAAUGCCAUUAUGAAAAACGCUGCUAAAAAUAGGACUUCCUUAUGCGAUGAAGAAAUUGCACUGUUAUCGACUUGGAGCACUGAACUAGAAGAAGCUGAUGAAAAACGAUUAACACAUGAAGGCGAGGAUGAAAUGAUUGAACUGGCAGAACGAUUUCAAAAUCGUUUUAAUGACUUGUUGUCUGAAAAUUAUACAAAUUCAACAAUGAAGUUUCGUCACACAGCUACCCAGAGAACUGCUGAAAGUGCUAGGUAUUUUACUGUGGGACUUUUUGGCAGAAGAGUCAGUCGUUAUGUAUGGUUUCCUGAAGCUUUGUACAGAGAUCCAAUUCUUAGGUUUUAUAAACUGUGCUCACGUUGGAGAUCUGAAGUAAAAAAGAAUCCUGAAGCUUGGAAAGACAAGCAGCUAUUUGAAAGCAGUCCAGAAAUGAUGAGAACUCUGCAGGAUAUAAGCAGUCGACUUGGUCUUGGAAAUGUCUCCGUUGAUGAUGCAGAAUUAAUGUAUGUAACUUGUGCCUUUGAGACCGCAUGGCACUGGAAGACUCCAUCGCCAUGGUGCGCUGCAUUCUCAGAGGAAGAUUUGGAGACAAUGGAAUAUCAUGCUGACCUAGAAUACUAUUGGAUCGAUGGAUAUGGACAUAAUUUGACUUACAAGCAAGCGUGUCCAGUUAUUGGAGAUGUCUUCAACUUUUUAGAGUGCGAGGACGGUCCGCGGGUGCUGACGCUCCACCAGGAGAGACCGGUGGCGCUGCCCGGCUGCCCGCCCCACCACGACCUCUGCCCCCUGGAGACGCUGCGCGACCAGCUCCAUCACAGCCUGAGCGCCUGCGACUUCGACGCCAUGUGCGGUCGCGACCGCUAGCGCACCCGACGUCUUUUCCUCCCGUUGGUCGCCGCUCCAACUCCACGAAAGGGGCUCUUCCACAGAGGAUUUUUUUUCUUUCUUUAUUCGAAACGAGGUCGAGCCGUUUUACUUAGUCAUAGGUUUUCUGUACUUUUCGCUUAUCUGUCGACAAUCGUGCUCUGUAACGAACUUUUUCAUCUGUCCUGUUAAUUUUUUUACUCCUCUCUUCUUUCUUUUUAGUAAUUUCUAUUUCGAGACCUUUACCCGUCUUGAGGAAAACGGUUUCUUUUCCUGUUAUUUACAAGAUUUAAUGUUGCAAAAGGCUGCUCAUUUUGAGAAAACGUUUUAAAACGGGAGCGAGGGGUCGCGGAAGGAAAGAGGUUAUUGGAAAACCUGGCAAAUAUAUUUAUUGUCUUUAACUUAAAUCCUGCUACUCCGCAACUACUUUUUCUGAUUGAAAUAUUAGAUAGGCAAAAUCGAUUUCUGCACUUGCAUUUGUCUUUAUAUUACUUAAUAGAUAAGCGUGCGCUAGAAAAACAUUCCAAACAUUAAAUAAAUACGUUUCAUGUGAUUUCGUAUUUGCAGUAUUUCGUAGUGCAUUUUAACAUAAUUGUGUUGCUUUAAUGUGUAAUGCAACUUCAUUAAGUUCGCGAUUUGCUUUUUCAAGGUAACGAGGUAAAUUGCGCUUUAAUUUACGAUAAGUCUGUGACGCCUUUUCCGACAUCGUGACGUCAUUUCCUCGGCGCGCAAAAAAGAAAAAAAUAACCCGUCAGCAGCGCCGAUCCGUCGCCCCCUUCCCUUCCUCUUCCCUCUUCCUUUUGCAUCAAUUCCAUUAGACUAAACGGCAUUUCGUUCAUUCUCGAAUGCAGAAAACGGACAGUUUUUCAGACGGGAAGGGAAACUUUGGAGCAAGAUGGACGCGGGUCUUUUGCCCCAGCAGCAAGUUUAUAAACCAAAAAUUUUUACUCCAGUAGUUAUAUUGUGUUUCAUUUAUUUUUAGAGGAAUUUUACUCAUUUUUUGUUUAUGUCGCCGCCGCCGGCGGCGUUCGCGCGCGCGCGUGUGUUUACUGAAACGCGCCGUUCUGCCGUCCGCGCGGCUGCCUUUGGCCGCCUCGCAGAUCGCCUCCGCAGGCAGCCGGAUGCCGCGCGAGGUCGGGGUUUGAACCCGGAUCUCCCUCGGAGAGGGCCGGCGCGGCGGGGGGCUGCUUGUUCCGACAUUUCCAGUUAGCAGAGACUUCACACUAGAGGGAAGCCAGUUCGCACUGCUUGGAUGAUGUCCUGAAGUCGAUGUAUGGAAAUGUUCUUUUAAGGACUUGAGGAGCGGUGUGACUUUCGAAAUAUCUAGGCGUUUGUUAGAACUAGAAUAGAAAACUAGUAUGGUAGGUUUGUUGUUAAUAUAACCUCACAUCUUUAUGUUAGAAUUUGAUGAGGUAUAGGUUUUCACUGAGCAACGUAAAUGUUACGUGAAUGUCAGAAACUAAUAUAAUUUUCAAAACGAUUAAAUUGUCAAAAAAAAGAAUCAUUUAUUUUAUCUGUAUACUGCGAUUGAAUAUACAGUUGUACGUUUUUAUGGAUGUACUGUUGCGAUUGCAAAAGAAAAAUAGAUACCUGGAUAUACUGUAAGACUGAUUUUGUAUAUCGGGAAAGAAAUGCUAAAUUGAUCUCUCUUACUGUUUCUAUGAUGCAGUUGGCAUUUUCUAUUAACUUCCAAAAUUGUAUCUCGAAAAUGGCAUUACAGGGACUUGAGCUCAAUGGUGUGAUAUGGUAGCGGUGCAAUCGGCCGAUGAUACUUAGUUCGUCAAAUAGAAAAGUUGAUCUACUGUUACUUGCCUCUGAUGCUUUCAUUGUGUUACACGAAAAAUAAAAUGUGUAACAGCCUUAAAAAUACGUUCUCAAUCGAAUAUGUGAUAAACUAGUAAUUUUUGAGGAUGCUAGAAAUAUUUAACAAGGUAUAAAUAUUAGUUUAUCAUUUUCUGUUUAAUAUUCCAGACCAAUACAUGAUUAAUCGGUAAUGUACGUGGCCCGUAAAUCACUUAUCUCUGAAUUAACUCAACAUGAAUUUCUAGAAUGCCUUACUGUAUCUUAUAGAGUCAUCUUUCACUAUAGAUAUUAUUAUUCAUACCCUGUUGUGAAUUUGUAUGUAUGCUUGUUAUUUCUGAAUUGUUAAGAAAUUGGAAAGUGGUUUUAAUUGAGAUUGCUGUGAAAAUCGGAAUUAUGUAUUUUGCAACCUCUCUGUUAAUGUGUGAUAUUCUCUCUGUUGAUGUAAGGUAAUCUCUCUGUUAAUGUACGAUAUUCUCUCUGUUAGUCUAUACAGGUGCCUCAAAAUAAAUGUUACACACUUCUAGAGCAUGUAAGUGGCAUUUGGCUCUAAUGUUUAGGCAACCCCGUAUGAACAUAUGUUUGGCAAGUCUCGUUCUGUCGCAGACAAGGGGCUUUUAAAUACCUGCCGAACAUUGUGCAUGCGGCGUUGCCUAAAUAUCGGAGACAAAUGUUACAUAUAUAAAUGAAUAGGAUUCCGUUAUCCAAUUUAUCACUAUAUGUCCGCGGGCAAAAAGUUGUUAUAUUCGACCAUUACAUGCCCUGGUAGUUUGUAACAUUUGUUCCGACACACCUCUCUGUGUAUAAAAUUCACCCUGCGCAAUCAUGAUGCAAUGAAAAUGUUAAUUUGCACACUUUAUUUUUGUGCUAGUUAAAACGAAUAGUUUUUAAGUGAUUGUGACGUGUGAAGAUGGCAGCUUUGUUGGUAGCACCCACACUUAGACAAACGGAUAUUUUGAUUUCUGUUUCUAUUGUACCUUUUUGCAAUCGGCGAUUUGGCUUUUUACUCGUACUACAAAAGACACUUUUGAUUUGACUGAUAUACAAGUAUAAUAAUUUCCUACCUCGACUAACUCAGCAGCUUAAAGAUGUAUUCAUACCCUUCCGAACCAUACUUCUGUACGCAGAGCUUUCCUGACUGCAUUUAAAACAAAACAGCCAAAUAUCGUACUUGUGUGGUUGCAGCAUCCGCAAUAUAGAUUAGUCUCAUCACUCACCGAACUUUUUUUCUGUCCUAAAUAAAUAUUAUGUACUUUUUACGAUGUUGUGACAAGCUCUCAGUUUAUUAACUUUAUGCGCUAAAUUUGUGCUGUUACUUUGAUGCUACAAUAAAGCAUUGGCUGUAAAAUGUGUUUUAUUUACCCUUCGUCGCUAUUUGCAAAUUUUUUAUCUCUCUGAUGGCGUCAACCACUUUUAUGGUGAUCCCCACCAAGGGAGGAAGCCAGAAAAUUCAUCUUUCUAGUACCUUCCCUGGCCCUCUUUCUCUCAUGCUGUUUCACAGAAGUGUUGUUUUUCCCCUUAUUUUUUUAUAAAUAUCCUCCGGGCAUAAUGUUUUACUUCCCAAAGUUUGGUCUGGGCAGUGGUUUCCAAAUUAAUUAUUUGCUAUACUUAUGUUUGAGCGUACACAUGCUUGCACGGCAUCAUUGCACGUUAAAGAACUUAUUGG